GACGACUGGACGCCAUUAAUGGACGCUGUGCAGUGGAGAGCACCAGAUGAUGUGUUGAAGAAUAUGAUUGAAACGGCAACUCCAGAUAAUUUAGAACAACAGGCGUCUGGUUUCACUAUUCUCCAUUUCUUGGCGCUCUUCGCACGCGUGUCAGCAAUGAGACGCGUGUUGGAAAAAACCAACAAGAAGAUUAACACGCAAAACAUCUUUGGAUGCACACCACUACAUUGCUGUCUAGAGAAUGAGGAGCUGACGCACGAGCAACACAAGGAACUCGCAAUUCUCAUGAUCACCUUUGGCGCGUCGCUGACAAUAAAAGAUGAUGAAGGAAAGACGCCUCUUGAUGAGUAUGAUGAUAACGAAUGUGAUGAAUACGAAGAAACCACGAAAACCAAGAAAAAGGAGGAGUUGAAAGAACUACUUAAAGAACUAUCAAUUCCGUCAGAGAUUUUAGCCAGGGGUCCCGAAGCCGUCAAAGCAUUCAAAGAUGCACUUAAAACUGGUGAAAUAACAGUUGUUAAUUCAAGAAUGAUGUUUUUAGGUAACGAGGGUUCCGGAAAAUCAUCUUGUGUCAAAGCCAUGCUUGGGAAAGAUUUUGAUAUGCAUGAGCCGUCAACUAAUGGUAUUGUUACAACUACUGUCUUUCAAACUGAUGGAGAUUACAGCAAAUGGGAGGAGCAGAAGGAUGUAGACGUUUGUGAACAAACCAAGCAGAUACUUGAGCACGGUAUUGCAGCAAAUGUUGCAAAGAAGUUGAAACAGCCAAACAGUGAACAAAACAAAUCUGAAUUUGUUUCUGAUGUAGAAAGGCCAUCUUCAUCCAGUUAUGUUGCAUCUAUAUCUGCUGUGGUUCAAUUACCUGAAGAAUAUAUGCCCCCGACUAAACGAAAGAGAAGCAGAG